GCCAAGCUUUUGUGAACGCAUCCAUCAAAUGCAAAAACAUUCCGAGUGUCUCGUCAUACAACUAUUACUGAACAAAAGAGCUGCUUAUAUUUGAAAGUUGUUUUCUGCCAAGAACGGCAGGGAAGCCUCUUUAGAGUGUUUUAACUUAUGUUAGCAAUUUGGAAGAUUGACAAAAAGUAAAGGAAAAGAACGAAAAAGCAAGCAGUAGCUAACUCUCGCCGCGGAAAAGAAGAAUACUCCAAAGGAACAUUGAACUAGACCUUUAUUUGAAAUACAUCAGUACAUUUGAAAAACCUUUCAGUAGAAGAUUUCUAUUUAUUUUAUUAACCUGGUAAUAUCAACUAGAAAAGCAAACACAAUUGGAACUGAUUAGGAUCUACCAUGGCGCUUUCCAUGACAAAAGGUCCAGUGCGCUUUGCUGAAGAUAUUGUGAGUGAAGCAUUAGCCGAAAAGUAUCGCAACUCUCUGAAAGAAUCAGCCAAGGGAAAGAAAAGAGGGAGAAGGAUCCGAAAACAAGCAACACAAAUGGUAAAAAAGAGACCCCUUUGGUGGAUCAACCUCAACAAGGGCUUGUUAGCCGAAUUUAUAAUAUUCUUAAUAUCUCAAGGAUUCGAUUUUUUUACCAACUGCUGGGUUCUAGUUCAAGUUUUUCAAGUUCUUGACAAAGCGAGGUUUUAUCAAAGUUAUCACAACGUAACAGCACUGAACUUCACAACUCCUGGAAUUUGUAGUAGCAAUGAGGGAUGGGAACGAGAAGAGAUAGAUGUGAAAGUAAAGCACUUUUAUGAUGUGGUAAUAGUGUAUUGUGUCUUUGUUUCUCUAACAUCUCUUUUUAUAACUCUACAACUGAUGAGCUGGCUCUACACUCUUUACCUAUCCACGGAGAAGCGAGAAAUCGGGAAAAAAGGUAGAGAAAUUCUUGUUAAGAUGAAACUGGUAUUUCUAGCCGCUGCCAGCUUCUUGGAGGAUAUUCCCCUUUCUUCUCUCACAGCUGAACUGUUUGCUGUACAACAGGGCGCGCGUGGGGUGACAUGCUGGUUGUGCAGUGUUACAAACUCUUGUCCAGAUAAUAAGACUCUGUUAGACUUACUUGAUUCCAGUCAACAAGUUCUCAUUCUCAACGCGUGCGCAAUCUCUGUGACGUCAUUAUGGAAAGGUAUAUCAAGUUUUUAUAGAUGGAGUCGUAUCCCUAAUUGCGAGGCCUUCUUCAUUCGCGCAUGUACGUCCCUUUUUGUAGGGGGCUUGUUCGUCAUCGUUAUUCUUACUCCUGCGAUGACCGUCUUGACCUACCGGUAUUACUCACUGCCUGGUGUUAGUGGAGGUCUCGUAAAGGACCUUAUUGAUAGGGUUUAUGUCAUUGGGGUGAUAUUUUGGAUCGCGGUAUUGGCAGUUAUGUGCUGCUGUCCAUUAUUGUUUAUGAUUAGGGUUGUUGAUAAAUAAAAGAGUUCUUAAUAUUCUGAGAGGCAAAACUAAAGCUCAUUGUACUCAAGGCCUUCUCAGUAAGGGUCUGGGUACAAGAAUGAGCUCAUCGUGAGAAGCACAGUAAAGUUUAUCGACAAAGUUUAAGAAGAAUUUCAAGAACUGCAGUCAUCUUUUCGAAAACCGUUCUCAAAAGUUAGGCUUUAGUACAAAAGGGCAAGGGUCAGUUGAACUCGAAUACAUGUAGAUAAGUGUUUCUCACUCACAAUACACGAACUAAUGUUUCAUGAUGUCUUGGGAUUCAACUUCGUGAAUUAUGUUUAAGCUUAUCGUUUGGACAACUUAUAAUUAAUUUACUGAAAAGCUAUAAAAUAAAUAAGCUAACUGAUCUACGUAGUAGCUAAACUGGCAAUGACAAUGUAUUAAAAAGCGCAGAAGGCUAGGAUUUACAUGGGUUGUUAAGCUUACAUCAGUUCAGCAUGUACUGGAUCUAACCAGGCCAACCAUAACAUCCUUUUAAGAUUAAAAAAACCCUUCUUUAAGAUUAUUAUAUAAUAAAGUUAAU